AUGACCCUUCGACUCCGCCGGCUUCUCCCCGCCGUUCUCCUCGUGGGAAUCAUCUACACCCUCCACCACACCUUCACAUCCCCCCAAUCCCUGCCCCCCCUCCACCCGGUCCCCGCCGAUUGCGCCCUCCCCUCCAUCUACAAUGACGUCCUGGUCAUCCUCAAGACGGGGAUCACCGAAGCCCGCGACAAAGUCCCGCCACACCUGACCACCACCCUCCGCUGCAUCCCCAACUACGUCCUCUACUCCGACUACGCCGAGCCCCUGUCCGCGCGCGUCUCCACGCAAGACAUCCUGGGGCCCUACAUCUCCGCCACCACCCAAGCCACGAACCCGGACUUCGCCCUCUACCAGCGCGUGCGCCUCGCCGGCCACGCCGGCCUGACCGCGGCCGACCUGGUCGCCGACGUCAACACCCCGAUCGGCAAACCCAACAACCCGGGCUGGAAGCUGGACAAGUGGAAGUUCCUGCCUAUGGUGGACGCCGCGCUCGCCGCCCGCCCCACCGCCCAGUGGUUCGUCUUCAUGGAGGCGGACACCUACCUCCUGUGGCACAAUCUCGCCGCCUGGCUGGCGCGCUUCUCCCCCGCCGAGCCCCUGUAUCUGGGCAACCAGAUGCAGAUCGUCGACGCCCUGUUCGCCCACGGCGGCUCCGGCUUCGUGCUCUCGCGCCCGGCCAUGGAGCGGGCCCGGGCCCUGCGCGCGCGGAGCCCCGACGGCUGGGAGACGGCAGUCGAUGCGCACUGGGCGGGAGAUUGUCUGCUCGGGAUCCUGUUGGAGAGCGGCGGGGUCCCGCUGACGUGGAGCUGGCCCAUGCUGCAGAUCGCGCCCCCGCGGGAGGUGGAUUACUUUUCCGCGCGCGCGGACACCCCGGCCCGCGUCUGGUGUUAUCCCGCCGUCUCGUUCCAUCAUCUGGAGGGGGAGGCGGAUCUGGUGGAGCUGGCGGAGAUGGAGGCUGGCUGGGAGCGGGAUGGGCAUCGGGGCCAGGUUCUGCUGUAUCGGGACGUGUUUUGGCGGAUGGUGUGGGGGCAGAUCCAGUCGGUCCGACCCGGCUGGGAUAAUCUGGCGGGGGAGGAGGUCGGGCGCACAACGACGGGGGAUGAGUGCAGGGAGAUGUGUGCCCACGAGGCGCUGUGUCUGGGCUAUCGCUUUGCGGUCGCGGAUGGGCGGUGCUGGAUCGGGCGGGGGAUGCAGUUGGGACGGCCAGCGGACGGAUUCGUGUCUGGCUGGAUGACGCAGCGCAUUCAGGCCGUCGCGGAGAGUCUGGGCCAGUGCCAGGAGAUAAGUUGGAUUGGUUGA